CCCUAAGCUUUAGUGCCUUUCCACUGGGUAAUGCUGAGGAACUAAGGAAAGGAUUUUCGGGAACUGUAGUUUCUGGAGGGAAGUAGCGUCCUGACUUCCCUGGCGUGGGUCUGUGCAUGGUGAGAAGAUGAACGGGAAACGGCCGGCCGAUCCCGGCCCAGCGCGGCCAAUGAAGAAGGGAAAGAAGCAGGUAGCGGCAGAGUUUUCCGACGCUGUCACUGAAGAAAUCCUGAGGAAGCAGGUGGCUGAGGCCUGGAGCUGCCGGACGCCGUUCAGCCAUGAAGCUAUUGCUUUGGACAUGGACCCUUUUCCUCACUGUGUGAUCCCAAACUUCAUCCAAAGCCAAGACUUCCUAGAAGGACUUCAGAAAGAACUGUUGAGCCUGGACUUCCACGAAAAAUACAAUGAUUUAUAUAAGUUCCAGCAGUCCGAUGAUUUGAAGAAGAGAAAAGAGCCUCAUAUCUCAGCUUUAAGGAAACUUCUGUUUGAAGAUUUUCGGGCCUGGCUUUCUAAGGUUUCCGGCAUUGACCUAGAUCCAACCAUUGACAUGUCCUGUGCUAAAUACGAGUUCACUGAUGCCCUGCUCUGCCACGACGAUGAGCUGGAGGGGCGCCGGAUCGCCUUCAUUCUGUACUUGGUUCCUUCUUGGGACAGGGACUUGGGGGGCACCCUGGACCUUUACGACACUGAUGAAAACUUGCAGCCAAAGCAGAUUGUCAAGUCUCUGAUCCCUUCCUGGAACAAACUGGUUUUCUUUGAAGUGUCUCCAGUAUCCUUUCACCAGGUGUCUGAAGUCCUGUCUGAAGAAACAUCACGUUUGUCUAUAAGUGGCUGGUUUUAUGGUCCUUCGUUAACCAGGCCUCCUGCCUACUUUGAGCCCCCAAUCCCUCGAAACCCUCACAUCCCACAAGAUCAUGAAAUUUUAUAUGAGUGGAUCAACCCUGCUUACCUGGAAAUGGAUUAUCAAAUGCAAAUUCAAGAAGAAUUUGAAGAAAGGUCUGAAAUUCUCCUGAAGGAGUUUCUUAAGCCUGAGAAAUUUGCAAAAGUCUGUGAAGCCUUGGAGAAAGGAGAUGUAGAAUGGAAAAACCAAGGUCCCCCAAACAAAAGGUUUUAUGAGAAAGCAGAAGAAUACAGUCUCCCAGACGUGCUGAGGGAGUGCAUGGCCCUGCUGCGCUCUGAGGCGCUCUUCUUGCUGCUCUCCAACUUCACCGGCCUGAAGCUUCACUUCUUGGCCCCUUCGGAAGAUGAUGAGACAGAGGACAAAGGAGAGGGGGCAGCAGCCAGCGCUGCCGGUGGCACCGAAGAAGGGACCAGCCAGAGCCCAUCGGAGCCAGAGAAUAAUCAGGCAGCCGCUGGUAGCCACAGUCAAGAGAACGGUGAACAGGCAGACCCAGAACCACAGGAAGACGGAGCACAGAAAGAAUCAAGCGUUCCCAUGUGUCAGGGGGAGCUGAGGCGUUGGAAGACUGGUCACUACACCUUAGUCCACGACAACAGCAAGACUGAGUUUGCCCUGGACCUGUUUCUGUACUGUGGCUGUGAAGGCUGGGAGCCAGAAUAUGGCGGCUUUACCUCCUACAUUGCUAAAGGUGAAGAUGAAGAGCUGCUCAUAGUGAAUCCAGAAAACAAUUCUUUGGCAUUGGUCUACAGAGACAGAGAAACUCUGCGAUUUGUGAAGCACAUUAACCACCGAAGCCUCGAGCAAAGGAAAACCUUCCCAAACAGAAACGGUUUCUGGGACUUCGCAUUCGUCUAUUACGAGUAGCAAGAUUGGGCAAAGCCCGCCAGCAUUCACUCCACCAGUGCUGGGAACACGGAGUCUUCGUGGAGUGAAGGAAAGCAGGGCAUGCUGGGUAACAGUGUCCUCCAAGCAGGCUGUCCUUGCAGGCUGUGCUGGUGCACACCUGUGAUGCCAGCUUCCGGAGGCAGAGGAAGGGGACCUUCAGUUCCAAGGUCAGUGUGGCUUACACAGUGAGACCCUGUCCCAAAACAAAACAAAUCUUGGUCAUCCUUUCAUCAAAUUCACCAUUGUCCUCAAUCUAGACACCAUGCUAGAGCUGUGUAUGCAUUCCUUGGUUUUUAAAAAAUGUUUUCCCCCAUUUGAAUUCUUUUGGUUCUAUAGUAACUGCCUUGGCAACUUUCUAAUUUUGGUGAUUUUUUUUUUUUUUUUAAUUUAUGGUGUAUAUACAAAAUUUAGCAAGGUAACUUUUUUUUUUUUUUUUUUUUUUGGCUUAAGGUUUUGUUUUGUUUCUUUUGACAGGGUUUUACUAUGUAGCCCAGGCUAGCUCUGAAGUACUGAUCCUUCCACCUCAGCCUCCUAAGGGCUGGAGUUGCAGGCAUGAGCCAGUGCACCCACCAAUUCCUGCAUGUAUAUGUGUGGAAUUGAGCACACGGAUGUGCUCCAAAGCGCCCAUCACUGCCAUCUGGAAAACAUCCAUAUCCCAUAGGGAGUGGGAAUGGGUUUUCUGUCUUGCCAAAGGGAAAUGCUGCUGCCCUUCUCUGCUGACUGUUUGCUUCACGAGUGAAUCAUACAGUGUGCCUCGCUUCCUAAUUGGCUUGUUUCACUUAGCACAGUGUCCCAGGGUCCAUCAAUGUUUGCAGUGUUUUUCACUCUGAAGUGGGUGUAGAAACUUGCGUAACCCUCUUCAUGCUGAGCCCAAGAGCUGGCACAGUUUGAGUCAUCACUCUGCUCCCGCUGUGGGCUGAGCUCCUAUCUCAGGAUAGGGUACACUCAGUACCUAAGAACUAGAUGUCUUGCUCCUUUGGAAAAGGUCUGGCUGCAAACUAGCAUAGGCCCAGGAAUUCCAUGGCUGCUUACUGCCCUAUGUAUUUCCUCUCGUGUCUACUGCCUUCCAGACUUGGAACCGUGGCUUCUCUGAGUCUAGCCUCCCAGUGACUGCGUUCCUAGAUGCUGCAAGGCCGGGUGUGGAACCUGCUGCCUUUCCCUUCCUUGUGAAAGACCCCGUGCUAAAAGGCAGUGAGUGUCAGGAGGAUGGGAUGCCCUCCUUUUGUUUCUGGUCUUUUCCAUGAACUUCCCCGUGGGGCUAUCAUAGCUUCUUCCUUUGUGGGGGUUCGUGAUGGCUGAGAGAUGUCCACCCCACACCACCUCUAUUUGCUGCUUUCUCGUUUUCUGACUAUCCUUGCGGGUGUCAGUGGCGACCUUACAUAUUAGUAGGAAAAACACUGGACCCUUAAGUGUCUUAGUCACACUUCUCUGACGUCCUAAAAGCCCAUCCAAAUGCAUUCUCUUUUAGAUUGAUGUCUUUCAAUUUGUCUUAUUUACCCCAGUCAGUAAAACAUAUUUAACAUUCAUACCCUAAUGAAUACUUAUAAGUUUUAUAUGUUCUGGUAUUAAUCAUAAAACAAAAUAAAUUUUAAAUAAUGGCAUGAGACUAUCCAGACCUAAACUGAGAGGGCAUACUUUAAUCCCAGCUUUUGGAAGGUAGAGACAAGAGGAUCAAGGGUUCGAGACUAUCCUCAGCCACACAGCAAGUUCAAGGCCAGCCUGGGCAACAGUACACCUUGUCUCAAACACAAAGAUCAAGCCGGGAGUAUGAGGCACACAUCUUCAUCCCAGCACUCAGGAGGCAGAGACAGGCAGAUCUGUGAGUUCAAGGCCAGCCUGGUCUACAAAGAGAGUUUCAGGGCAGCCAGAGCUACAUAGUGAAACCCUGAUUCAAAAAUCAAAAACAAAACACUAUCCAGACCUAGUUUUAGAGUUGACUUCCCACACCAGGCAGUGAUGUGCUGUUGCCCAUGCAUACUGUUGUAAACUCCACAGCACUUUAAACCAAAGUAGUGCUCAAGUAGGACUACACAGACUUUGUUGCUAAUGGUUAAUUUUGAAGCUUGCCUUUUCUGAACUGCUGUAACUAAAGGCAGACCCGCUUCCCCUCCCCCCCCCAGUUGAAGUGCCUGAGCAGAAAGAGCUCUGAAGGGUCCUUCUGUCUUUGCAGAGCCUCCUGGCCUGCAAGAGUGAUAGAACCUGCAGGUUGCUUUUCUGCUCUGAGGAGCAGCUGCUUUUUUUCAGUAGCCAUGUGCCACAUUAUUGAUGUGUCUGUGAGAUAAAUGGUGUAUGACAGUGGGCCCGUCCGUCUACAGUGGAGCUGAAAGAUUCCUGUUUUCCGAAUCACUCAGUCACGGUGAGGCUAGGGAGAACAGGCCGCCUGUGCUGCCACUGCCUGAGACAUCAGCCUUGUCUAUAGCAGGCUCCACCUUUGUUCACUCACACUUCCUGCUUAACAGUACUGUUAAGGCGGUAGUAGUUCCCAUGUGCUUCAGGCAGGUCCUUCACAAGGAGGAAGGCCUGGCUCCGGGGCUGGGACUAAUGUGCAUGUUACCGCCCCUGAAGACCACAGUGGGGCGAACAGCACAGGUGGAAGGCAGGGAUAAUGAAGACAAUCAAAAGUGUGUGUGUGUGUGUGUGUGUGUGUGUGUGUGUUAACAGAAAAUUCAGAAAGGUUAAAAAAAUGAAAAUAACUCGAAGGAGAUAUUUUUGUACAGCUAUUCAACGUAAAGUUAUAAGUCAAAGUUUAAAAUAAAGUUCUAUUGCAUAAGCUAAGGCUACUGAAGAUAAAGUAUUUUUGACAUGUUGUCCAUGUUGGAAGGCAGAAAAACUUCCACUUAGUCUGUCCAAGUAUACUGUCGCGCUUGCAGUGACCUCGCCUCAGCUUGCAGUCACCUCAUUCUUGAUCCUGAUUGGUUGCUGCUUUGGGCAUGGGGCAAGAGUCAAAUGUAGGCUCUCAGUACCUCUCUUUGGUAAAAGCUACGCUAUUUUCUGUGUGACCAAUGGCAUGUCUCUCUUAAUGAACCUCUAAUUCUUUCUUGUUUUCUUAUUUAUUGGUGUUUUUGAGAAGGGUCUCUGUAUGCCGUAGCUCUCCAACGGCUAAGAUUACAGAGUACCACCAUGUCCAGCUGUGAACUUCCAGUUCUUGUAACUCCUUUUCCUAAAGGUCAUAGUCCCUCCAAAGAUAACAGCUUUAUAUCUCUUCAGACUAUAUAAAUAAUGCAUGUUCAUUGUUGAGAAAUUAAAACCAUGUGGAAAAACACAAAGGUCCGUUGGAAUCCUACCAUCCUGUGACAACCCUGUGUUGCUGUGAGCGCGCCGACAUGGCCACCCUGCACUGUAUUAGGAAGCAUGACUCCUCUCUGUUCUCUCUUCCCUUUCUCCUGUUGGGUACAACAAGGUUGUAGGGCAGUUUGUCAGGCGGGGCUUGGAGGGAGCCACUAAAGUGACCGCUACAUACAAGAAUAAAAAUAGUUCCUCAGUGGGUCCAUAAAUGUGUCUUUCAGGUUUCUUAUGAAUGAAAAUGAGCAGCCAGGGGUGCAUUUGGAGAUCUGUACUCCAGCUAAUGCCACCCCAACUGACAGACUGCCUUUAAGUUUGUUUUUCCUUAAUAUAAAUGUUUACACAUACAUUUGAGUGAUUAAAAAAAAAUGGAUGUCUGUAUUUUUGGUUUUCCCCACAAAAUAAAAGUAUUUGUGCAUUUA